AUGAACUUUGCCAACCAGAGCAGCGAAGAUGAUUUUACAGUUGUGGGACUGUUAAAUGUUACGGACACUAACAUCCCUCUGUUCAUUGUAUUCCUUCUUAUUUUUCUAGUGACCCUCGUUGGAAAUCUCAUCAUUAUAACUGUGGUGAUCAUGGAUCAGUCUCUUCAGACACCAAUGUAUUUCUUUCUUACUAAUCUCUCUUUUUUGGAGAUAUGGUACACAACUACAAUUGUACCCAAACUUUUAGCCAACCUACUGCUGAAAAGCAAUGCCAUCUCCUUUGCUGGAUGUAUAACUCAGCUGUUCUUCUUUGUCUCAUUUGGAGCCACUGAGUGUUAUUUGCUGCUAACAAUGGCUUAUGAUCGAUACAUUGCCAUUUGUAAACCUCUUUACUAUUCCACUCUGAUGGACACCAGAACAUGUCUCCAGCUAGUUGCAGGCUCAUGGGUAACUGGAAUAAUGACAGCUCUAAUUCCUACUCUGCUUAUUUCCAAGUUAGAUUUCUGUGACUCUCGCCAAAUAAACCACUUUUUUUGUGAUAUUCCUCCUCUCCUGGAGCUGUCAUGUAGUGAUAUCUACCUGACAGAAAUCUCCAUAUUUAUUCUGUCUCUCAUUGUGCUGUUCGGCUCUUUGGUGUUGACUUUGAUGUCCUAUAUAUCAAUUGUGAUUUCUGUACUUAAAAUAAACUCUAACAGUGGCCGGAAUAAGAGUUUUUCCACUUGUGGAGCUCACCUGACUGUAGUAUUGCUCUACUAUGGAACAAUGAUUUUUAUGUAUGUCCGGCCCCACUCCAACUAUUCUUCUGACAUGAAGAAGUUUGUGUCAGUUUUUUAUACUGUUAUUACUCCAGGUCUAAAUCCUAUCAUCUAUAGCCUAAGGAACAAAGAAGUUAGAGGAUCACUUAAAAAGAUUGUACGAAGAAUGUUACCACAAUUACAAGGCACUGCAAAAAAAAAUCUUCCGGUCCACAAAAAUAUAAGUUGCAUUUUCUGA